CAUCCAGAAGCAGGAAGAAAAAGCUGGUUAGAUCUCUCUGGGGUGGGAAUCUCCCGUCUGUGAUGUCCAUUAAUGGUACUUAUCCGUUGAAUACUCAGGGAGGUUGGGCAGGAGACAGGCUCUUGAAGCUGUCUUGGUGCUCAAGCAGCUUCUCGUUAUCCAUAAAAUAAUCUGGCUUUAACCUCUUUAGUGUUAUAUCUGUUAUGAUCAUUCUGUUUGAAAUGUUUACUGCAAUGGAAAGGGUUUGGUUUUUGUUUUGUUUUGUCUGCUUGUGUGUAAUUCACAAUGCUGAAGAGGGAAAAUCAGCUAUAAUUUAUUUUGUACGUAACACUUUUUCUAAAUGUAUAGGGAAGAAUGUGAAGAAGCCUCCUAAAUCUUAUCUAAUCCAUGCUGGUCUUGAGCCUCUGACAUUUACCAAUAUGUUUCCCAGCUGGGAACACAGAGAAGACAUUGCUGAAAUCACCGAAAUGGAUGCUGAAGCUUCGAAUCAGAUCAUCCUGGUAGAAGAUGUGCUGGCCAAACUAUGCCAAAAGCUGUAUCCACUUGCCGAUCUCUUGGCAAGGCCUCUUCCCGAGGGAGUGGACCCACUUAAUCUUGAAAUCUAUCUUUCGGAUGAGGACUUUGAGUCUGCAUUACAGCUAACCAGAGAAGAAUACAACGCACUGCCUUCCUGGAAGCAGGUGAACCUCAAAAAGGCAAAAGGGCUUUUCUGAAAGUGCCAGAGUUGUAAUCUAGGGCUGGAGCUAGAAUGUGACCCACUGACAUUUUCCGCACCUCUUGGAUGAAGUAGCAUGCCGGUUUUCACCCCCAAAAGCAAGAUACUGUCUGAAGUCACUAGGCUAUACUAUCUGUUCUAAAGCCAUAUAAUAAUGUAAAUGUGUGAGAGGCAUCUUUGGAAGACAUUUUGUGGGCAAGGACUCCAAAGUAUAGGUCAUGUGUAGGAAUUUUGUUCUUUGUACUCCAAGCAGGACCUUUUCUGACUGCUGCAACUGAUCCUUUGGCUACACACACUACUUGUCAUUUGGGUUUUGAAAAUGUUCUUUUUGUAAAGUAUUAUUUUGGUCAAGCUGUGGAUUUUCAAAAAGGAUUUAUAUUUAUAUAAACACAUAGGAGAAGGAUGUAUUUAACAAUGCAAUUUGUAUUAUUCACUUUCAGUACUUCUGUAAAGAAAGUUUCAGGAAAGUAGCUGGACUGUGUUAUUGUUCUGGACUAUGACGCGUUCUGUGGCCUCUCUCUCUCUCUCUCUCUUUCUCUGAUUCUGAAUGUUUUUUAAUUGCAAAAGUAUUGGUCUCAGAGCUGUUUCAGCUGCUAAACUGAACAAAGCAUUAUCACAUGGGUUUCUAGGGAAACUCACUGAAUCCAAAUUUGAUAUCCCAAAAAUGUAUAGUGCCUUGUUUUUUUGUUCAUGUACAGUUUAUAUACAAAAAUAUUGGCCUGCUUUUUGAAGAUGACUCAGAACAGUCUUCUAUGCUCUACUUUUAUAAUAGUAGAAAUUUAAAAAAAACUCAGUUUGUAAUAAUGUGGCAAACAUAAACCAUUUUUUGUGAUCAAGACUUAAAGCAAAGCUUCAGAAUAAAUUCGUAGCAAUGGACUGGCUCCUGAUUCUCUCCCGUGCCAUCUGAAGUAGAUAACUGAAUGAAACAUCUUGCUUCAUAUAUUACUGUGGGAAAUGCUUGCAUUGCACUGUGAGCAAGUGAACAGGUAAUUCAACAAAAAGCCUUCCUUCAAAAAAAGAUGAAAUUGGUAGACUCCCUUCACCCCAUUUUCAUGACUAAAAUGGUUCUGUGUAGGCAAUAAAGAUUUCCUAUUGUACAUUUUAAAAUGUCGUAAGAGGAUGGUGCUGAUCUGCACAUAAAAACUGGGUAUCUAUAUUACAGAUACCCCUGUAUAUCACAUGCUCUCUAAUUCAAUUAAAGUGAUGUCCCACCAGGACUAACAGAUUUCAUCUCAUGGGAGUUGAAAUCCAAUAGGAUCAAGAUUAGAAUAAUGUCUUGGCUCUCCCUCAGAGUCAGGCUUUAUUAUGUCUUUUGGCACUAACAGCACCACAGUUGUGUGGCACAUUGAGUCUAGUCACUUUCUGGUGGUUAUUUGUGGGAGAAAGGAGGCUAAGGAAUAAAUAUCCUUUUGGAAAGAAGCCUUCAAGGAGCAGGUAGUAGACAUUACUUUCUUGGAUUUGCUUAAAAUAGCAUUGCAAUGGAGUAUACAUGAAAUAUAACAUUUGCUACAAUCCAAACUUAGAAUGUGUGUGAUUAAUCUAAGUCCCAUUAAUUUUGGUGAUCCAUAAGCAUGAUGUAAGUCUGGAUCCAACUCAGACUCUUGUGUCAACUUUUCCUUAUAUAUAAAGCUAUAAGCAUCAUUUAUUGUGUGUUCAGUAAUGCAAAUGGUGGCUACAUAAAUCUACUUUGGAGUCCAGAUUCAGUCUGUGGAACAUCUGGCAAGCUUCUAUGCAAUGUCAAACUUGCAAAGGGAUGAUUUCAUUAUGAGAAAUUAAUGAACCCCAAUUUUUGUGGCAUUAAAUUUAGUAUUGAUUUUAACAAAGGA